AUGGUGACUAAUUUGGUGAAUUUCCUGCUCUUCAAGUAUUAUAUGAAGGAGCUAGUGUCAAAGGCAGAAAUUCUGAAUAUCAUCAAAAGUUGCAACUGCUACUCUCAGGUCUUUAGCGAAGCCUCUGAGUGCAUGCAGCUGAUCUUUGGCAUUGAUUUGAGGGAUGUGGACAACCUUGGCCACACUUAUGACCUUGUCACUUGCCUUGGCAUCUCCUAUGAUGGGAUGUCGAGUAAAGUCCAGGGUUUUCCCAAGACUGGCCUGCUGAUACUUAUCCUGAGUAUAAUCUUCCUGCAGGACGACAGUGUCCCUGAGGAAGAUAUUUGGCAAACCCUGAAUGUGAUGGGAAUAUGGGCUGGGAUGGAGCACUUUAUCUAUGGGGAACCCAGGAGGCUCAUUUUGGAAGAUUUUGUGCAGGAACAGUACCUGGUGUACUGGCAGGUGCCCAACAGCGAGCCUGCUCGAUAUGAGUUUGUGUGGGGUCCAAGGGCCCACGCUGAAACGAGCAAGAUGAAAGUCCUGAAAUUUUUGGCCAGUAUUAGUAAGGCCGAUCCCAGAUCCUUUGGGGAAAGGUAUGAGGAGGCUUUGAGAGAUGAAGACCAGAGAGCCUUAAGUACUUUCAUGGCUACUACUCUGGCCGAUGCAAGUUCUAGUGCCAGUGGUGGCUUUUAA